GGGGCGGUGGAGAUCGGUGGAGAUGGCAACAGCGUUAACAGCUGUUUCGUGUGUCGAUCAGAGUUGUGAAAUAUAUUCCAAAGAAUUUGUUAUUGAAGUAUUAUAAAACAUCCUUCUUUAAAUUGGUUGUAAAAAGGAAGAGAGCAUGAAGAAAAAGGUUUUGUUAAUGGGGAAGAGCGGAUCUGGCAAGACAUCAAUGCGGUCAAUAAUCUUUGCUAAUUACAUUGCAAGGGAUACUCGUCGUCUAGGAGCCACAAUUGAUGUGGAACAUUCUCACGUCAGGUUUUUAGGAAACUUGGUUUUGAACCUUUGGGAUUGUGGCGGUCAGGAAGCAUUCAUGGAAAACUAUUUUGCCAGCCAACGGGACAAUAUCUUCCGGAAUGUGGAGGUCCUUAUCUAUGUGUUUGAUGUUGAAAGUAGAGAACUUGACAGAGAUAUGCAUUAUUACCAGAGUUGUUUGGAAGCAAUUUUGCAGAAUUCACAUGAGGCAAAGAUUUUCUGCUUGGUUCACAAAAUGGACCUAGUUCAAGAAGAUCAGCGAGAUAUAAUAUUUCGAGAACGAGAGGAUGAUCUGAAAAGAUUGUCAAAGCCUUUAGAAUGUACAUGUUUUCGAACUUCAAUCUGGGAUGAAACCUUGUACAGGGCCUGGUCUUCUAUUGUAUAUAAGCUAAUUCCAAAUGUGAAGGAAUUGGAGCAAAGUCUGAAUCAGUUUGCUAACAUCAUUGAUGCAGAUGAAGUACUGUUGUUUGAACGGGCAACAUUUCUAGUCAUUUCUCACUGUCAGCGACGUCCACACAGAGACGUUCAUAGGUUUGAGAAGGUGUCUAACAUCAUUAAACAAUUCAAAUUAAGUUGCAGUAAAUUGGCUGCUCAAUUCCAGAGCAUGGAAGUUCGAAACAGCAAUUUUGCUGCUUUCAUUGAUAUGUUCACAUCCAAUACUUAUGUGAUGGUCAUCAUGUCUGAUCCUGGAAUACCUUCAGAAGCAACUCUCAUCAACAUCCGGAAUGCAAGAAAGCACUUUGAGAAGCUUGAACGCGUUAGUCAGGCACAAAGUUCACUUGCAAAGUAAAAUUUUAAGAAGAAAUUAUGUGCUGAACAAGCUGUGUGAAAUGUCUUUAUAUAUGGUAGGAUCCUGUUAAGACUUCUCAUGGGCCUAUCUGCAAAAACUUAGAAUGACUUCUUAUGAGAAGAUAAUAAGUAAAACAUGUUUGCAGGGGACAUGAAAAGUAAUCAUUCUAUAUAGAAAGCUCUUAAUAGGGGUCUACUAUAUUGCAUUUAUGAUGCCAGUCAGUUCAAACACUACAUAUAUACAUAUUUUAUAUUACAGAGGAAAUUAUGUGUUUGUAUGAAAAUAGUCCAAUAUUUAUAAAGUGUCAGGCUAUUAUUGUGUGUCAUAUGGCUUUUAACACUGUUACAUCCAUUUUCCUGUAGUGGCAAAAAAUAAUUCUCUUCAUAUUUUUAUAGGAACAUUGAAAAAAAUAUUUCCAAAUUAUAGUCCCCUCGAUGGGGAACUCUUCAAAUAUGUCUCGAACCGAUAUCUACCGUGCAAAGAUGAUUAUUCUUUAUAGUGCAACGCUGAUCGAUGUUUAUGAAAAAUAAAUGUAGCAUGUCUUUGGUAACAUACAGGAAAUGGAAGUGUGCUCUUCGCAUUUGCACAUAGCUUUUGACAUAUCGAGUUUGUUUAUUAUUAUUUAUAAAAAUACUGAAGUUAAAUAGUAAACCAAGAUAAAAAUUUAUCACAGUCUUAAGAAUUAUGAGACAGAAUGCACUGGACUAUUUUCAUAUAAAGUUGGGUUUCAGUCAGAGCCAGUGAUGUAAUUUAGUUAAUCUACUAUGCUAUUGUCUAGCAGACCACUGGACCACAGUAUGAUUAGAUCAUAGAUUUGUAAAAUUACAUUUGUUCUGAACACUAUCUGUGGCACACGCAUGUCAGUGCUUCAGUGUUAACAGUGGAAUUUAUUGGCAUAUCUGAUAUAAUUUGAUUUGUAAUUGAAACGUCAUUGUUAACUUGUGCACAUAUAACUUUUAUAUAACGUCCCUAUCAAUAUCAUGUCUGCCCAUAAAUUUAUAUUGUAGUAUGAGUCACUUUUGUGAUAAAACACAAGCUGUUCUCGCUACAAGUGUUAAGUAUGUUGUUAUAUAAUAUUGGUUAUAAAGCUUUAAGGUGGAACAUGAAAUUCUGUAAGUCUCUGUGUUAAGAUGAUUUAUCCAGACUGCAAAUGAAUGAUAAAUUUUGUUAUCAUUUAAUGGGAACAGAUAAUGAACACACUUUUCCUCAGUUUAAUCACAAAAUGGAAAGUGUUCCAUAAAAGUUAGAUGUUUUGUAUGUAUAGACAGACAAAUCAUGAUGGAAGAAAAAGAAUCCUGACCAUUUAGUUUCCACAGCAUUCUAGCCCAGAAAAUAAUAUUGCUCUUCCCAGACGCACUUGUCCAUAUUUGCAUAGUAGAGACAUACGAGGUGUAUUGGAAAGUUCCUGGACUAUGUCAAAAAAGAAAUGCUGGCUUAACUUACUCAAUUUUGGCUGCCAUCUCCUUCAAAAUAGUCUCCUUGGGAACAUGUACAGCAAUCCCAUCAUUUUUUCCAUGCUUCAGAAGCACCAUGGAAGUCAUUCUCCUUAAUGCUGUUGAGUACCACUUGCAAUUUCUUUUGGAUGUCAGACACUUUCAAAUCGCAGUCCCUUCGGCUUCAUUUUCAAUUUGGGAGACAAAACAAACUCACAGAAGGCUAAGUCUGGCUAGUAGGGAGGAUGUGGAACGAUAACCAUGUUGUUGUUAGCCACAAACUGUGGUUUUCAGGGAAACAUGGGCAGGCGUAUUGUCAUGAUGA